UCCAGCACCUCUCAUGGGGCACCCAACUGCUGAGGCCUGUAGGUAUUUUCCCAGGGCCAGGGAACCAACAAUCAAAGACUGUUCAGGACAACACCCUCAGGAUUUUUACAGGGUGAAGGCGGGUGGUGGGUUGUGAUUAUGCUCUAGCGGGUCCAGCGGACCCAGCAGACCCGAGAGUGGCAAACUAGGAGGGAGGUAGCUUUGGGGCCUCCUUUGUCGGGCCGUCUUUCCCCUGGGUCAGGCACUGCCCUCCCCAGAUGCAUCUGACUUAGAGGUUACAGGCAGGGCAGGCCGCAGGCAGUGGGUUUUGGGGACCAGGCAUCAGUCUAGGGCGGCUGCCAUCAGCUAGCGAAUGUUCACAGGUCCCCACAGCCCUAGUCCUGGCCUCAGCUUCUUGAGGAGGCUAAUGAGCUUGGACGGCCGCUCUCAGGUCGUGGGUGAGUCCCUCUCGGCAUCCCAGGGCGGCAGGAGGGGCGGGGGCUCCAAUGCAGUGGCAAAAUCCCCGCUGUUCCCUCUUUCCUUCCUACCCCAGCAGAGGGGCAGGGCCUCCGGAUAGGCCAGGCGUCCACUUCCUGCCCCCUCCACUCGGCGCCCGAGGUCGGCAAAGACAAGCCCAGGACGGAGGUUUGGCCGUCGCCUUCCUGGCACGCUCUCCGCCGUCAGCCUCCGCAAGCUGAGGCCCAGGCCUUCCCAACGCAGGUCUUCCGGCCCAGGGCCCUCGAGAGGGCAGACCAGGCGCCUGGCGCUUGGCCCAUCCGGGGGGAGUGGGCUCUGCGGCCGUCAGGUGGCUCCUUGGGGCGAGGUCAGGGCUGCACACCCAGCCGCCUCCGCUCCUGACUCGCUCACAACUUGCCCACGCUGCAGUCGCCGCGGGGAAGGAGGAGCCCAGUGGCCUGGCCCCGCCCCUUGGUCACUGCGCAGGCGCCGCCCCGCCCCCGCCCCCGAAGGCGCUUCCGGGCAGCGGAUUGCGGGCGCGCGGCGGGUCUCAGCUUUCCUGAAGGAUGAGGCAAAAAAAGAAACUGGCAGAGGCAGAGCAGCAGAGCCCAACAGACACAGACCAGAUGCCUUCCUCCAAGAAGGCUUACUUGGGACCACGCUUAACCCUGGGCUCCCAGCGCAGCAUCUAUUUCUGUCAGAACCCAAAGGACCACUCUGCUCGAUUGGGGUCAGAGUUUUUUGACCAGCCAGCAGUCUCCCUGGCCCGGGCAUUUCUGGGACAGACUGACUGCCCACAGGUCCUUGUCCGGCGACUUGGUGAUGGCACAGAACUGCGUGGCUGCAUUGUGGAAACUGAGGCAUACUUGGGACCCGAGGACGAAGCUGCCCACUCAAGGGGAGGCCGGCAGACCCCCCGCAAUCGCAGCAUGUUCAUGAAGCCUGGGACCCUGUAUGUGUACCUCAUCUAUGGCAUGUACUUCUGCAUGAAUGUCUCUAGCCAAGGAGAUGGAGCUUGUGUCCUGCUUCGAGCACUAGAACCUCUUGGGGGCCUGGAGACUAUGCGGCAGCUUCGUAGUACCCUCCGGAAGGGCACCAUCAACCGUGCUCUGAAAGACCGUGAGCUCUGCAGUGGCCCCUCCAAGCUGUGCCAGGCCCUGGCCAUUGACAAGAGCUUUGACCAGCGAGACCUGGCCGAGGAUGAGGCUAUGUGGCUGGAACGUGGCUCCCUGGAGCCCAGUGCACUAGCUGUGGUGGCAGCAACCCGCAUCGGCAUUGGCCGUGCAGGGGAGUGGGCCCAGAAGCCUCUGCGUUUCUAUAUCCGGGGCAACCCCUGGGUGAGUGUGGUGGAUAAAACUGCUGAGCAGGACACACAGGCCUGAGCAAAGAGCCUGCUUAGACAGGCUUUUUAAUUGUUUAAAAGCCAAAUAAAUACUUUUUUUCUAUAAAA